AUGGAAGAGGGGACGAUACCCGUUUUUACACGGCCACUUGAGCUCUUCCAAUCCAAGGAACCAGUGAAGAUAUGUGCUCCAAUGGUUAGAUAUUCAAAGCUGGCAUUCAGGACUCUCGUUCGAAGUUAUGAUUGUGAUUUGGUGUUCACACCAAUGAUUGUAUCUGACUCCUUUGUCAAAUCUGCUAAAGCAAGAGACAGUGAAUUUACAACAAAUGGAGGAGACAGACCUUUGAUUGUUCAGUUUGCUGCUAGUAAUGCCAAGGACCUUGCUGAUGCUGCUCAAUUAGUUUCCCCAUACUCAGAUGGUGUGGAUCUUAACUGUGGGUGCCCUCAACGAUGGGCAAUGGCUGAAGGGUAUGGUGCUUGUCUCAUCAAGCAUCCAGAACUGAUCCAAGACAUGGUGAGACAAACUAGGAACAGGGUGGAUCGUUCAGACUUUACAACAUCCAUCAAGAUAAGACUUCAUGAAGACAUCAAGGAGACUGUAGAACUAUGCAGAAGAGCUGAGCAUGCCGGCGUGUCGUGGAUAACAGUCCAUGGUCGCACCAAAGACCAGCGUGGUGAACCGGCCAAUCACGAAGCCAUCCGCAUCAUCAAAGAGGGUGUUAGGGUACCGGUGGUUGCUAAUGGAGACAUCAAGUCCAUGGAGGAUGUGAGGAGGGUGUCGGAGCAAACCGGUGUACAUGGUGUUAUGGCAGCAAGGGGUAUAUUGCGUAACCCAGCUAUGUAUGCAGGGUAUGAUGACACACCAUAUCAGUGUAUUCAAGACUGGGUGGACAUUGGUCUUAGUCUAGGGACCAACCUGACCUACUUUCACCAUCAUCUCAUGCAAAUGUUAGAUCAGUACCUGCCUGGGGCAGAGAAGGUGAAUUUCAACUCUCUAACCAGCACGACGGCCAUUCUCGAUUACCUGGAAACUAACUUUGGCAUUGCUUGGAAUCCAAACACAAACUUUUACACCAGGAAUAAAGGGAAUCUUGGUUCUCAUGCUCUUAACGGAAUGUCAAGGACAGCUGACUUUGAAAAGUUAACUGAUGGGUGUACAGAGGAAAGGUGACCCAUUGGGUAAUGAUGGAAAAUGAAAGUUGCUAUUGGUGGACUAUUUCGUUGGUAGCUGUCUAUGGCUUAGUGAAUCAGGGAGAAGAGUAAAGAAUGGUGUGACAGAUCAGUAUAAUCUAUUGUACUAUGCUAUUUUUGUCACGCAAUAAAAAUAUAUUUCAUAUAUCAAUGUGUAGUAUGCGAUACAUUUGUUUUGAAUUGGUAAAAAUGAAAAAAAGAAGAGAGAAAGAGAAACAAAAAUGC